GAUUCCCGAAGUGACGUGAAUCUCGACCAACCACAAUGAAGCAGUAGUAACAGUCAGCCAAUUGUAGUUGCUGUGGUGGUCUGGGUUUACCAUUUCGCAUCUGCUGAUAUUACUGCAAUAAAUUCAUCGCCAUGGCCUCCGGAGCCCUGUUCCCCAGCCUGGUGUCCGGCUCCCGUGGAUCUUCCAGCAAGUAUCUGGUCGAGUUCCGGGCCGGUAAAAUGACCAUGAAGGGCAGCACAGUGACCCCCGAUAAGAGGAAGGGCCAGGUCUACAUCCAGCAGACUGAUGACUCCCUGAUCCAUUUCUGCUGGAAGGACCGGACCACCGGGAACGUGGAUGAUGACCUCAUCAUCUUCCCUGAUGACUGUGAGUUCAAGCGGGUGAGCCAGUGCACUACAGGAAGGGUGUAUGUGUUGAAGUUCAAAGCUGGAUCCAAGAGACUGUUCUUCUGGAUUCAGGAGCCCAAGUCUGAUAAAGACGAGGAGCACUGUCGCAAGGUGAACGAGUACCUGAACAACCCCCCGAUGCCCGGGGCCCUGGGCAGCGGCGGCAGCGGAGGACACGACCUGUCUGCCCUCGGAGGGGAAGGCGGCCUGCAGAGCCUCCUGGGGAACAUGAGCCACAACCAGCUGAUGCAGCUGAUCGGACCCACCGGACUGGGGGGCCUCGGUGGUCUUGGUGCGCUGGCCGGACCGGGCCUGGCCAGCCUCUUGGGCAGCAGUGCUUCCGCAGCAAGCAACUCCUCCACAAGCCCCUCCUCCCUGGUCACCCCGGCCUCCGCCGCCGCAGCCGCCGCCGCCGCCGCCACCCGGCUGGGCUCGGCCCAGGCGCCCAGCACCCCCGUCACCCCGUCGGCCACCUCGGCCGCCUCCCCCACCGACAGCAGCCCCACCACCCCGGUGGGCCCCGCCCUGGUGGCGGCGGGGGCGGCCAGCCCCACCCAGCCAAUCCAGCUCAGCGACCUGCAGAGCAUCCUGGCCACCAUGAACGUACCGGCUGGGGGUCAAGGGGUGGAUCUGGCCAGCGUCCUGACACCCGAGAUCAUGGCUCCCAUCCUGGCCAACGCGGAGGUGCAGCAGAGGCUGACACCCUACCUGCCAUCUGGGGAGUCUCUCCCGCAGAGCAGCGAGGAGCUCAGCCACACCAUCAGCUCACCACAGUUUCAGCAGGCUAUGAGCAUGUUCAGCAGCGCCCUGGCGUCGGGGCAGCUGGGGCCUCUCAUGAACCAGUUUGGCCUGCCUGCCGAGGCUGUUGAUGCUGCCAACAAAGGAGAUGUGGAGGCUUUUGCCAAAGCCAUGGAGACUGAGACCAAGUCGACCGAAGACGGAGACGCCAAAGACAAGAAGGAUGACGAUGAAGACAUGAGCCUAGACUAGAAGUGUUUUAUUGCUUGAUUUAUUUAUUUAUUUAUUUAUGCUUCUUUUACCACUUCAUCAUUAGGAUUAAAAGACGAUGGUAAAUAUUUAUUUAAAAGUGUGACUGAACAAAGAACAUAUACUUAUGAAUACAAAUUGUGGCAGUGGCCAAAGCAGUGUGUAGUCAGAGUGGUUUCAGACAGAGCCUCAUGUAGUGUGACACAUUGCAAGAUGAAACAUCACUGCUGGGAGUCACAGUCUACAGUAAGAAGACACCUCAACAGCAAAAUGGACAUCAGCAUGCUGGUCUAUUUAAAAUAAAAAUAAAGAUUUGGUUGCUCUUCUAGCCAUAAGAGUAGCUUUGCGCACAGUAUCGGUACCCUUUAAGAACAAACAAAUCCUGUAAUAAUCAUACAACUGUUGACUGAAUUAAAAGACAAUUCAUUCUUGUGGUGUUCACAAUUC